CCAAUUUCCAAGAAAUUGAGAACGAGACAGAUAUCUAGUGAGUCACUGAGUCAUAGCCAUGACAAUGUCGAGUAGCUUUGCUAUAGAGAAUGAGAAAUAUGAUGACGAUGGAGUCGUAAAACGAACUGGAACCUGGUUGACUGCGUGUGCGCACAUAGUGACUGCUGUAAUUGGAUCUGGAGUGUUGUCGUUAGCAUGGGCUGUUGCACAAUUGGGAUGGAUUGCUGGGACUAUUAUUCUGUUCCUCUUCUCCUUGGUUGCUCUCUUCACUUCUCUUCUCCUUACAAGUUGCUAUAGGUAUCCUGAUCCUAUUUAUGGAAUCAGAAAUCCUACCUAUAAGGUGAUGGUGCAAAAUAUCCUAGGAGGAUUUCAAUAUAAGCUAUGUGCAUUGGCUCAGUACACCAAUCUUGUAGGUGUUACCAUUGGCUUCACCCUCACAGGAGCCAUUAGCAUGGAGGCCAUAAAAAAAUCAAACUGUUUCCAUAAAUAUGGCCAUGAUGCAGAUUGCACUUCAUCUAGCUAUCCGUAUAUGGUAAUCUUUGGAGUAUCACAGAUUAUACUAAGUCAAAUCCCUAACUUCCAUAAACUUUCAUGGCUCUCUAUUAUUGCUGCUGUCAUGUCUUUUGGUUAUUCUUUCAUUGGCAUUGGUCUUUCCAUAGCAAAGAUUGCAGUUGAAGGAAAAAUUGCGAAUACAGGCCUUACAGGACUAGUUAUUGGAGUAGAUAUUACAGCCAGAGAGAAGAUGUGGAAUACUUUCCAAGCAAUUGGAAACAUAGCAUUUGCUUAUUGUUUCAGUAUCGUCAUUGUUGAGAUACAGGACACUUUAAAAUCAAGCCCGCCAGAAAUUAAAGCCAUGAAAAAAUCAACCUAUACUGCAAUUGCAAUCACCACAUUCUUUUAUGCAAUUUGUGGUCUUCUAGGCUAUGCAGCAUUCGGGAACAAUUCACCAGGGAAUUUUUUAACCGGAUUCGGUUUUUACGAACCAUACUGGCUCGUUGACAUCGGUAACAUUUUUAUCCUCGUUCAUCUCGUCGGAGCUUAUCAGGUCUUCGCCCAACCUAUAUUUUCCGCCGUAGAAAAUUGGGGUGGUAAACGUAAUCCACAAAGCAAAUUGAUGACGAAAGAAUAUAACAUAAGAAUCCCAUUGGUUGGAACAUGGAGAAUGAACAUGUUCAAGUUUAUAUGGAGGACAAUGUAUGUGAUAAUCACAACAUUGAUUGCUAUCAUAUUUCCUUUUUUCAACAACGUUGUGGGUUUGCUAGGAGCUUUAACGUUCUUUCCAUUGACAGUGUAUUUUCCAACAGAGAUGUACCUAACAAGAGCUAAAGUGGCCAAAUAUUCUUUUGUGUGGAUUGGGAUAAAAGCUCUUAGUGUGUUUUGUUUGAUGGUCUCUCUUGUUGCUGCAGUUGGAUCAGUUGAAGGAAUAAUCUCUGACCUCAAGACUUAUAAGCCCUUGAAGGCUAUUUAAACCCUUUUUUCUAGAAUAUGUUGAAUAAAAUAAAAUUUGAAGUUCUUAUGUCAAAUAAUAUUGAAGUUGUUAACAACAUAUGAAAUGUUUAUAUUUAUGGGAUUUUGAGAA